AUGGAUAAUAGAAACUCAGUCGUAUUAGACCGUACAACAACAUGCGCUAAUUGGUAUGAUUUAUGGUCUUCAUUUGGUUUUAAUGAACAUCAAUGGUUAUCUCGUGCUGAAAAAGUUGAAGAGCACACACAAAAAUUAUUUGAUGAUAAAAUAUCUAUGUAUCAAGAACAGUUAGGAAAGCGGCGACAGUUAUUAAAACAAUUACUUGAUGAUUAUGAAGAUUUACUUGAACGUACUGGACUUACAUCUUCUAUAGAUACGUUAAUAUUUGAUAAACUAAAAUUAAAAGAACAAGAAAUAUAUAUUGAUAGAAAAAUCCAAGAACUAUUAAUUAACGAAGGUCAAUUGGUUCAUCGAAGAAGUGAACUUGAUAAUAAACAAAACUAUUUGUGUAAAUUACUUAAUUCUGCAUCCAUCGAGUUUGAUCAAAAUAUACCAAUCUCACUCGUAGAAAUCAACAGAAAAAUUCAAGAUCAUCUUAAUAUACUUAAUGAAUUAAAAGAUUCACGCUUAACACAAGUAUCAUUAUAUUAUUUUAAAUUAAAAUCAUAUUCUGAACAGCUAGAAUGGACACCAUCUUCACCUCAAUCCACUGUUGAAUAUCUUCUUUUAGAACAAUUUGAUCGUUGCCUUACUCCUGAUUGUCUUAAUGAAAUUGAGACAACAAUACAGCAAUUGGAAAAUCAAAUUGAAAUUCAAAAGCUUCGUUAUUUUAAGCUGCAUGAUCAACUAAAUCAUCUCUAUCAAUAUUUAAAAAAAGAUCCAAAUAAAGAUUAUUGUUUAGCAUAUAAAUCUGGAGGUGAACAUAUCAAUGAAUUUAUGAUUAAACAACUUGAACACGAAAUAGCAUGUUGUCGAGAAGAACGAAUGAAAAAUGGACGUGAAUAUUGUCAUUCAAUGCAUCAACAGAUUAGUGAUCUCUUAGGAAAAGCACGUGUUGGUGAUGAUGAACGUACGAUCUUAAACAAACUUGAUUUCGAAAAUUUAUCGUCGGAAUUACUCGAUGCAUAUGAUACUGAAUUAGAACGCAUUACACAACUUUAUAAGAAACGUCAACCAGUUCUUGAUGCUUACGAUAGAUGGCUUUCAUUUUGGAAUGAAUUUGUUUUAUUUACGAAAGCAUCAACGGAUCCUGGACGUUUUCAUUUUUUAAAUGUUUUAUCUGAAAAUAAUGAUCCAUUAUUUUUGAUCGAUAAUAUAUCUAUUCGACAAAAAUUCGAUGAAGCUCAUCAACAAAUACCAACUAUAACAUUGCCUAUAAAUAUGCCUGGAAAGACUCCCACAACAUCACGCCUGUUAGGUCUUACACCAGUUCGAUCUCGAACACCAGUGAUCACUCCUCGUCGAAUAGUCAACAAGGAGCCGUUCGUUCUUGGUACCGCAGUAACAUGUAGCGCAAGACGUGUAGCAAAAACACCAACAGCUACUCUUACUAGAAAAUUACUGAAUCAAGUAACAAGUCAUACUGUAAGCCAACCGAUUCGUGCAAAACCACGCUCUCCUGCCCCUGCCCCUGCUCCUGCUCCUGCUUCUACACCCCCUCAUUUAUUAGCAUCGUCACCACGACCAUUGACUUCAACGAAACUCCCAAUUCGUCCACCAGUAUGUUCAGGCGAUCAAUCUUUGGAUUUUUCUCUUUUACAUACAAUACAAAAUGUUUAUGGUCAAAUCAAAGUAAUGCCAUCACCUCCGAACUCAUCUUUUAUCAAUAUGGAAAAUUAUCAUGAUAAAACAUCAAAUAAUACCAUUCGACAGCGUAAAUCUAAAAGAAAGUCAAAAUUAACACAUCUUCCAUUAGUUGUGAUUCGAGAUAUGAACGACGUAACCAUGAUGUGCUUAUGA